AUGGCCCAUAGCACUCUAUCCGGAGUGACAAUGCAACUGCGUCAAUUCUCUCGUUUCCAGGGAAAUGAGUAUCAAGAAUCUACAAUAACAAAUUUGGCCGAAUUUACAUCGUGUGUAAUAACGAAGAUGGACAAAUACAUUCAAACGGACGCAAUUUAUCUCGACUUAGCAAAAGCGUUUGAUUCUGUCAAUGUUACGCUGCUUAUCCAGAAGCUAAACAUCAUGGGCUUGAACGAACAAUUGCUUAAAUGGAUUGAAUCAUACCUGAAUGGACGGCAGCAGAUUGUCAAACUAAAUGAUGUCAUGUCAAAUUCCAUCAACGUUACUUCGGGAACUGGUCAGGGCUACCCAAUUGGCGCAACACUGUUCAUUUUAUUUAUUAUUGACUUGCCACAUCACACACUCGAAUCAAUAUUACAGUCGUUUGCUGAUGAUACUAGACUAUGGAAACACAUUGAAAAUUUUGAAGACUGCCAAGAACUGCAAAACGAUCUCAACAAAAUUGUGAAAUAUUUCCGGGACAAUCGACUAAAAUUGAACAUCAAGAAAUCAAAUUGCAUAUCAUAUCACCGUGGACAGUUGCAGUAUGAAUUUGAAUAUACGAUAGACAAUGAGAAGAUUAACCGUGUCAAA